UCACAUUUGUUUCCUCCUACAUGAAAGACAUUUUAAAGCGGCAAAACAUGUCCUCUGAAUGUUGGAGUUUGCAGUGAUGGGGCUCAGGCAAAAUGGACUUGGGGGUCUGAUGCUGCUUGUAUUUGGUGUGUGUAAUGCACAGAUUCCAGGAAGAAGAACAGGAACACAAUUUGGAAAUCUUGUUGGUGCUCCACCUCACCAACUACAAGCAGCUUCAGUGCGAGGUCCUGUUUUAGGAGGCUUCUUGAGUCCUGCACAAGAUCCACUGAAUGUUCAGUCCAAACAAGUACUGCAGGGUCCGGUGAAGAAGCUUACAUGGCGUUUUCCCCAACCUCCAGAGAUGCCUAAACAGCCCCCAGUGCAGUUUGAACUGCGCCAGCCUGUUCAAGCUUAUAGUGUAGCAGCUGAAUGUGGAGAGAGCAUGGUGCACGUGGAAGUGAAGAGGGACUUUUUUGGAACUGGGGAACUGAUAAAUCCCUCAGCUAUCACUCUUGGAGGUUGUGCAACAGCUGGAGAAGAUCCUGCUGCUCAGGUUCUCAUUUUUGAGUCUGAGCUGCAGAUGUGCAACAGUGUGUUGAUGAUGACUGAGGAUGAGCUAGUCUACACCUUCACCCUUCACUAUGCCACAGAAACAUCUGCUGGAACUCCAAUUGUCAGGACAAGUGGUGCUGUGGUUGGCAUUGAGUGUCACUAUCCACGGAAGUAUAAUGUGAGCAGCAAUGCCCUCCUGCCUGCUUGGAUACCUUAUGCUGCUACCUUGACAGCUGAAGAACGUCUGGUUUUCUCUCUUAGGCUCAUGACAGAUGACUGGCAGUUUGAGAGGCCUUCCAACCAGUAUUUCCUGGGGGAUCUCAUUAACAUUGAAGCAUCUGUGAUGCAGUACAACCAUGUACCUCUAAGGAUAUUUGUGGACAGCUGUGUGGCCACUGCUGUGCCUGACAUGAAUGCUACCCCCAGAUAUUCCUUUAUUGAGAACUAUGGGUGCCUGGUGGAUGCUAAGCUCACAGGCUCCACCUCUCGUUUCAUGCCACGAGUUCAGGGGGAUAAACUCCAGUUUCAGCUGGAAGCCUUUGUGUUUCAGCAGCAGAGCAGUGGCUUGAUCUACUUCAUGUGCUUCUUGAAAGCUACUGAUGCUGUGCACAAGGCUUGCUCCUUCACUGCUAACAGAUGGACUACAGCAGAUGACGAUGACCGGGUUUGUGGUUGCUGUGAUGCAAGCUGUGGCCUCAGGGGUGGAGGAAAUGUGUCUCCUCUAGCAGGUCCGCAGUGGGAAGGAAACCUCGCUCUUGGUCCUGUUUUUGUGGGGGAGAAAGUGCCUUUUUGGCAGUGAGAUGUGACCAUGAGCUGAAAUAAAGUUCUGUGAAUGUUGACUUGAUCUUUGGACAGCCUACUUAUUGAGAGGAGGGAAGCUCAGACUUAAUCUGUUAUGGUUGUCAUGAAGUAAAGACUAUGAUAUGAAGUUAAUCUAAACACUAUGUACUUGAAGGAAAGGCACUGACUCUGGUUUCCCACUCAGUGCACAUAUAGUGGCUCAUUU